AUGCCUCCCAAGAAGCAGCAGGACCAGCCUAAGAAGAAGAAGGCCACCGUUGAGGAUAAGAAAAAAGGAUCCACCGCGAAGAGACAGAUUGCUCAGAUGGAAGCGCAAGCAAAGUCCAACAAGCCUAUGGAUGCAAAGAGAAAGGAAGCUGAGAAGGCCAAGCGUGAGGCAGAGAAGGCCGCCGAGGAGAAAGCCAAGCGCGAGGCCCUAGAGCUGUUCAAGCCCGUGCAGGUACAAAAGGUGCCGUUUGGCGUGGACCCUAAGACCGUUCUGUGUAUCUUCUUCAAGCAGGGCAACUGUGAGAAGGGCCGCAAGUGUAAAUUCAGCCACGACCUGAACAUCGAGCGAAAGGCCCAGAAGAAGGAUCUGUACACCGACUCUCGUGACGUCAAGGCUGCUGAGGAAGACAAGAAGAAGGAAGAUACGAUUGACAGCUGGGACGAGGAGAAGCUCCGCAAGGUCAUUAUGAGCAAGCACGGCAACCCGAGAACGACGACCGACAAGGUCUGCAAAUACUUCAUCGAAGCUGUUGAGAACCAGAAGUAUGGUUGGUUCUGGGUCUGUCCCAAUGGAGGUGACAAGUGCAUGUACAAACACAGUUUGCCACCUGGUUUCGUUCUGAAGACGAGGGAACAGAGGGCGGCAGAGAAGGCCUUGAUGGAUAAAUCCCCGCUGAAUACUCUGACAUUGGAAGACUGGCUGGAAUCUGAGCGACACAAGCUGACCGGCGAGCUGACACCCGUCACGCCCGAAACCUUUGCUGCGUGGAAGAAGGAUCGUCUCAACAAGAAGGCCGCCGAGGAGCAAGCCCGUAAGGCUAAGGAAGCUACUGGACGGUCGAUGUUCGAAAGCGGAGAUUGGAAGGAUGAGGAUGAGAGCAGCGAGGAUGAGGAUGACGACGACGGAGCCUUCAACCUGGAGGCCUUGCGGAAAGAGACCGAAAAAAUCCGCGAACAGAAGGAAGAGGAACGUUUGGCGAAGCUACACGGGGGACCGCUACCAGUCUCGAAUGAUGAGACAAUUGCACAGGAAGGCCAAGGAUGA